AUGGAACCUUUCAGGGAAACAAGUGAGAUUGAACAAUAUAGAGGUAAGCUAGGAUACAAAAAUGCUCUAGCUAAUUCGGGAGGAAAAAUAUGGAUUCUCUGGGAUAAAGAUUUCGAAGGCCAGUUCAUAUUAGACACUACUCAACAAUUGACUAUAAAGCUAUCACAAUACAACACUAGUGUAUUGGUGACAGCAGUAUAUGCUAAGUGUAGUAAUGAGGAGAGGAGGGAACUCUGGGAAGAUCUGGUGCAUAUAGCUGAAGAGAAUGAUAAUCCAUGGAUCGUAGGAGGGGACUUCAAUGUAAUUCUAAGGGAAGAAGAAAAAUUGGGAGGCCUAGCAUUUACCCAAACAGAAGCAGUGGACUUUGCACAGUGCCUCAACAACUGUGCUAUAUCAGAGCUAAACUUCUCGGGAAGUAUGUUCACAUGGUGGAAUGGUAGAGUAGAGGAGGAAUGUAUUUUCAAGAGAUUAGAUAGGAUCCUGGUAAAUCACGAAUUUCUGGAUUUAUACCCUUCUAGUGAAGUCCAUCAUCUUGUGAGACAGGGUUCAGAUCAUGCACCUUUACAUAUGAAAAUUGCCACUUUGGAAGACGUAAUCAAAGUAAAAGAGGAGCAACUCGAGGUCCAGCCCACGCAAGCUAACAGAGCAGAAUUAAGUAAGAUGGAAGCAGAGUUGAGGAAGUAUCUAAGUAUUGAGGAGGAAUACUGGAGACAAAAAGCUGGGAUGAAAUGGUUUCAAGAAGGGGAUAGAAACACAAAGUUUUUUCAUUCCUAUGUACGGGGAAGAAGAAAGAAGCUUCACUUAGAGCGUAUUAAAGAUAUGAGAGGAGUUGAAAUAUCUUCUAAUGAACAAAAGGGCACAGUAGCAGUAGAAUAUUUUCAAGACCAAUUUUCAGAGGAGGAAAGAAAUCUGGAUUUUAGCAUACUGCAACAUAUCCCUAAACUGAUCAGCAAAGAACAGAAUGAAGAGAUGCACAAGCUUCCAAGUAUUGAGGAAGUAAGAAAUGUGGUCUUCACGUUGAAUGUAGAGAGUGCUCCAGGGCCUGAUGGUUUCUCAGGGAAAUUUUUUCAACAUUGUUGGGAAAUUAUAGGUGAAGACUUGACCAGAUUAGUCAAAGCUUUUUUCUGUGGGGCAAGCUCUGCCUAA